AUGACUAUUCUUCCAGCAACAUACAUCGGAAGCCCUCGGCAUAUGCACGAACAUGCUCAAGAUGCCAUGUCGUAUGUUCGUCAUUAUGGUACAGCAGAUUUGUUCAUCACAUUUACAUGCAAUCCGCAAUGGAUAGAAAUCAAGCAGGAGUUAUUCUCUGGGCAAUCACCCAUUGAUCGUCAUGAUAUUACAGCCAGAGUCUUUAGACAAAAGUUGAAAUCAUUAAUGGAUUUUAUCGUAAAAUAUAAUGUGUUUGGUGAGACACGCUGCUGGAUGUAUUCUGUGGAGUGGCAGAAACGAGGAUUUCCACAUGCACACAUUUUGAUUUGGUUGGUUGAAAAGAUAAGGCCAAAUGAAGUUGAUGCAGUGAUAUCAGCUGAAAUCCCUGAUGUACAAGUAGAUCCUGGAUUAGUUAUCAAACACAUGAUACAUGGUCCCUGUGGAACUCUUAAUCAAAAUUCACCGUGUAUGAUGGAUGGUAAAUGUUCAAAACGAUAUCCACGGACAUUAAUAUCGGAAACAAUUACUGGUAAUGACGGUUAUCCAUUGUAUCGUCGCAGAUCGACAGCAGACAAUGGAAAAUCAACAAAAUCAACAGAACCUUAA